AGAGAGAUCUGCUGGUGCGGGAGCGGGCGGGGCAUGGGAUGCUCUUCUGCUGUACUUUCUCUUGGCGUUCAGGAGGUUGCCUAGUUACGCUUUAGAGAGCUUUGCAUCAGCUCAGAGUUCGUCUGACAAGUGAGGAAACUGAGGGCAAGAAGUGGAAGACGUAUCAUCUCCUGGGCCACGCAGAUUGCCAAGGAGAGACCGGGUACCGAGACCUCGGGGUCUGCGCUCCCAGGUCUGCUGGAGUGGGUGGUCGUGGGGAGCAAGGGCCCCGCUCCGUCCCCUGCACCCCACGGCACCCCUCGCCGCCGCCGGAGGCUCCCUGGAGGAGGAGCUCCGAACGCGGAGGAGGAGCCAGACUCUGGGAGCCGGGACACCAUUCACCUGGAUAGGAGGCAGAACCAGGGAGGAACCCGUCAGCCAGGUGGGCAGAAAGCUCCGGGAGCAGCCUCAUGGAAGAGAAACAGAUUCUGUGCGUGGGGCUAGUGGUGCUGGACAUCAUCAAUGUGAUGGACAAAUACCCAGAGGAGGACACGGACAGCAGGUGCUUGUCCCAGAGAUGGCAGCGUGGGGGCAACGCAUCCAACUCCUGCACCGUCCUCUCUCUGCUUGGAGCCCCCUGCGCCUUCAUGGGCUCGCUGGCCCCAGGCCACGUUGCCGAUUUUGUCCUGGAUGACCUUCGCCGCUAUUCUGUGGACCUCCGCUACAUGGUCUUUCAGACCACGGGCUCCGUCCCCAUCUCUACAGUCAUCAUCAGCGAGGCCAGCGGUAGCCGCACCAUCCUACAUGCCUACAGCUUCCUGGUGGCUGACUUCAGGCAGCGGGGCGUGGACGUGUCUCAGGUGGCCUGGCAGAGCAGAGGGGAGACCCCGUGCUCUUGUUGCAUCGUCAACAACUCCAAUGGCUCCCGUACCAUUGUACUCUACGACACGAACCUGCCAGAUGUGUCUGCUAAAGACUUUGAGAAGGUUGAGCUGACCCGGUUCAAGUGGAUCCACAUUGAGGGCCGGAAUGCAUCAGAGCAGGUGAAGAUGCUGCAGCGGAUAGAACAGCACAAUGCCAGGCAGCCUCCAGAGGGCAAGAUCCAGGUGUCCGUGGAGGUGGAGAAGCCGCGUGAGGAGCUGUACCAGCUGUUUGGUUAUGGAGAUGUGGUGUUUGUCAGCAAAGAUGUGGCCAAGCACUUCGGGUUCCGGUCAGCAGAGGAGGCCCUGAGGGGCCUGUUUAGCCGCGUGAGGAAGGGGGCCACACUGGUCUGUGCCUGGGCGGAGGAGGGCGCCGACGCGCUGGGCCCUGAUGGACGGCUGCUCCACUCGGACGCUUUCCCACCGCCCCGCGUGGUGGACACUCUGGGGGCCGGAGACACCUUCAACGCGGCGGUCAUCUUCAGCCUGUCCCAGGGAGACCCCGGUUCGAUUCCUGGGUUGGGAAGAUCCCCUGGAGAAGGGAAAAGCACUCCAGUAUUCUGGCCUGGAGAAUUCCAUGGACCGUAUGGGGUCGCAAAGAAUAGGACACGACUGAGCAACUUUCACUUUCACCUUGGGCAGUGCUCUGCGACAAGAGAAGCCACCGCAAUGAGAAACCCAAAGCCCACAACUGGAGAGUAGCCCCUACUUGCCACAACUAGAGAAAGCUCGUCUACAGCAAUGAAGACCCAGUGAAGCCAAAAAUAAAUAAAAUUAAAAACCCCAAAGCCCCAAGGAGCUGGGUCUUCUU